AUGUGGAGUGCUGCGUUGGGAGUAGGCCCGACUCUGAAGAGUGGCGGUGGGUGCGACGGCCUAGGGCCCACGAGCCUGCCCCCUGGAUAUGUUCGUGAUUGGAGGCAAGAACAGGGAAGAAGAACCGACGCCGACUCGACUCGCGUGUGCGUGCCUGUGUGCGCGUCAUCUCGUUCAUCACGGCACCGGCGCAUCGCCGACUGUCCUCUCCUCUCCGGCCACUUCUGCAGUCCAGCCAACGCCGACCAACAGCGGUCAGCGGUGGAUACAGGCUGCAGCAGGAAGACAAGAGCCUGCCAUUCUAAUUCUGCCAUAGGAGGUGCACCCUCGCAACGUGCAGCACCAAACUCAAAUAGUGGUGUUUCCAACGGCAAUCACGAGGGCGUGGAUGUCAAUGAAGAUGAUAUGGCAGUAGAACAAGAAUCUGAUCAAAGGUUGAAUACAGAAGUUGAUAUCAAUGAGAAUGUUGCAGUGGAAGAAAAUUUACAACAUUCAUCUGAAAAUAUAGAUGGUUCUACUAAAAGGUGGAAGAUUUUGCUUGACAAUAUUCCAAAAUAUACUGUCAAAUCUUUGUCUAACACCCGUUGGGCGAGUAGAAUAAAAAGUGUGCAAGCUAUUAGGUGCCAAGCCCCUCAAGUAAGGUCAGCGUUGAAGGAACUAGAAAAGUCUACUGCUGACGACAAGGACUCAAGAAAGUCAGUGAUGCUUAAUCUUUGCUCAAAAAAUCUCAAGUCUUUGGAUGAUACCAAUUUACGGAAGUGUUGCACUACUUUCCUAGAAGCCUUUCUCAUGGUGACUCAUCUGAUGUUGAUUUCCGUGAUUUUUACUCCAAACUGAAAGUGAUGCAAUUAACUUUGCCAAAUGAUAUAAUGUCAACCUCUGAGAUUCUUAUGUUCAUUGUGGCCGUAGAUUGCUAUCCAAAUGCAUCUAUUGCCUAUCGAAUCCUUUAACUACUCAGGUCACUGUAGCAUCAACAGAGAGGAGUUUUUCAAAAUUGAAAUUACCGAAGAACUAUUUGAGAUCAAUUAUGUCACAUGAAAGGUUGAAUGGCUUGGCUAUGUGCAGUAUUGAGAAGAAUAUCUUGGAUAAUAUUGAUCUCCAAAGUAUCAUUGAUGAUUUUGCUUCAAGAAAUGCUCGUAGAAGUUCAUUUUUAUAAAGGCAAUAGAU